AUGGAUUCACAUGGCGACUGCUACGUGCUUGGAAUUGGAAAUCCUCUUUUGGAUAUGCAGCUGAAUGUUGACGAUUCGGUUCUCCAAAAGUACAAUUUGGAAUCAGACAAUGCUAUCCUUGCUGAGGAUCGACAUAUGCCACUAUACGAUGAGAUUAGUGAAUCAUCAGAUGUGGAGUAUAUAGCGGGUGGUGCUACGCUAAACACGAUAAAGAUGAUUCAGUGGAUUAUAGAUAAACCGCACGCGUGUGCAUACAUCGGGUGCAUCAGUAAGGACUACGCUGGAGAGAUCUUGGAGAAGGAGUGUGCAAAACUGAAGCUUCUACCCAAAUUUCAGAUUGCUAAAAAUGGAGUUGGCACAGGGAAAUGUGCGGUCCUAUUGAAUAGCAAAUACCGAAGCAUGGUCACUCAUCUAGGCGCCUCAAAGGAACUCACUUUGGACUACUUGGAAAACCCGGAUACGUGGAAAUUUGUAGAAAAGGCCCGUGUAUAUUACAUUGCGGGUUACGCAAUCAACUCUUGCUACGAAGGGGUCCUGGAGAUCGCUCGGCACUCAUUUACGAAUGGAAAACUGUUUAGCUUCAAUUUGAGUGCUCCCUUCCUACCUACAUUCUUCGCUGAUCAAAUUAACUCCAUCAUCCCAUACGUGGACGUUCUUUUUUGUAACAAAGAAGAAGCCGAUGCCUACGCUGCAAACCACAAUUGGGGGAGUAAAUCAUUGUUGGAAGUCGCCAAGAUGAUGGCUUCUUUACCACGCCCAUCGGAGACAGACAAGAAACGCGUGGUAGUAAUCACUCAAGCGAAAAACCCAGUCCUUGUUGCAAUUAGCGGAGAGAGUGAAGUUCGAUCCUACCCCGUCGAUCUACUUUCCAAUGAGCAGAUUGUGGACACCAACGGCGCUGGAGAUGCUUUGGCUGCUGGUUUCAUUGCAGACUACCUAGAUAGUAACUCCGUUGAUCAGGCAGUCGCAGGUGGAUUGAAGGCCGCUCGAUAUAUCAUCCAAAAAUCCGGUUUUUCUCUCGGUCCGAGGGGAGAUUAUGUAUAA